AUGGAACCCCUUACUAUGAAAAGAAUUGUCAAAACUGAUUGGAUAAUGGGAAAUAUAGACAAAUCUGUAAUAACUAUGUAUAAAUAUAUUGAAAGAACGCAUAUACAAAAGUUCAUUCAAGACAAAAUAGAAACUAAUUUAGAAGCCUUUGAGAAUGGAAGUUCUCGUCUAAAUGAUUAUUAA